AGCCAGCGACAUAAAUAGCGGCGUGCACAGCCCGGAGCCAGACGCAAGCAGCAGCGAGCGGCUCAGCCACCGGCUUCCCUCCCUCCCGCACGUGUGGCUCGGCUCCGGGCGCCCGCCGCGAUGGCAGACACCUCGCUGCCCCUCUCCUUCCUCUGCCUCCUGGCCCUCUCCUCCGCCUGCUACAUCCAGAACUGCCCCCGGGGCGGCAAACGGGCCCUCGCCGACACAGCCAUGCGACAGUGCAUGCCCUGCGGCCCCGGGAACAGCGGCAACUGCUUCGGGCCCAGCAUCUGCUGCGGCGCCGAGCUGGGCUGCUACGUGGGCACGGCGGAGACGCUGCGCUGCGCCGAGGAGAACUACCUGCCCUCGCCCUGCCAGGCCGGCGGGCAGCCCUGCGGUGCCGGCGGCCGCUGCGCCGCGCCCGGCAUCUGCUGCACCGACGAGACCUGCAGCCUGGAGCCCCUGUGCCUGGAGGAGGUGGGCGAGCGGCGGGCGCCGAGGAACCUGACGGCGUUGGACGCCUCGGCCGGCGAUCUCCUCCUCAAGCUGAUGCACCUGGCCAACAGGCAGCAGCAGGGCAAGGGGCUGUGAGCCGCCCGCCCCCGGCCCCCCCCAACCCCAAUAAACGCCUCUUCUUGCACCCC